AUGAAGCCUGAAGAUUAUAAGCAGUUUUUACGCAGCCAUAAAUUUGACCCCGAGAAUCGACCAAAAGAACGUGGCGAUGCUAUCCACGCAGCUAUUAUUGAGAAGCGGGUUUAUAUCGCUAUUGAACUGCUAAACUUAUAUCCAAAAGAUUGUCUAGAGGCAAGAAGUCGCAGCGGAUCCAAGAAUUGGCGCACUCCGUUGCACAACGCCUGUGAGAAUGAGCGAACGUUGGUAGUUAAGAAUCUUCUCGACAAAGGAGCAGAUGUUAAUGCACGAAGCUUUCGCAAACUCACUCCUCUCGUUUUUGCAACUGAAGCAAGAAACCUCGAAAUUGUGAAACUUUUGGUGGGAAAAGGAGCCGACGUCAAUCUUCAGACAGAUCAAAAGACCACUAAAAGAAGUGCACUCCAUGUUGCUGCAACCAUAGAAUCGCCAGACUUCAUAUUGACUCUCCUUGUCAAUGGAGCAGAUCCCAAGCUUGUGAACACAACCGGUAAUACUCCUCUGCAUCUUGCUGUUCGGUCCGGCUGUGCAUCUGCGGCCGCUCUUCUGCUUUUUCAUGGAGCGUCUCCCACAGUCAGAAAUGAAAAUGGAAAGUCGCCUCUCGAUCUCGUCGAGAAAUUGAAUCAGGGUGAUCGCGAGCAGUUCACUCACAUAUUCGAGUGCGCUAAGAAAGAAGGAGAAUUCGGGGACUUCUUGGACCGUCAUAUUAGACCUGGUAUACCAGUUGAUCUGGUCGCCGCAAUGCACUGGGCUAUAUCGCAAGACCUUGAACGAGCCGUUGCUUAUAUCCUACAUAUCGAUCCACACGCAGCAGGGGCGACUCUACCUAGGGGAUGGUAUCCUCUACAUGUUGCAGCGAGGGCUGGACAUGAGAAGUGCGUUGCGGUCCUUCUUGAGCACGGGGCGGAAGUUGAUUGUAAAACUAAGACGAGUUACACACCAUUAAUGCUGGCUGCUGAGAAGGGCCAUAAGAAGACUUUGCGCGUCCUACUCGAGUAUGGUGCAAGUCGCUCAGCAACAAACGAGAGCGGAGAAAAUGCAUGGAAGAUUGCUAGACAGCACGGCCACCGCUUUCCAAUGCCGCUACCUGUCAGACAUGUCGACCCUUCCGAAGUUAACCGUGAUGAUAAGGAACUGGACGACAAUAAUAGCUUGGCUCCUCCGAAGGAGAGGCCGCAGUGCAGAACACCCUCUCCGGGGCCAAGGGACGUUGCAGAAGACCCAGGUAAAGGUGAAUUAUACGCAAUCGGAGAUGCAAGAAGUCAGGAAGAACAGUCUACACCCACGCCUCAAAACUCGGAGAAUUUCGAGGCUUUCCUCAAGACUUUGGAGGAAACAUGGUAUAACCGGAUUGGAUGGCAUCCCGACGAUGAUAUUGAAGGGCCUACCGACAAGUGGCCUGGGCCGCCGGUGAAGGUCGCCAUACUCGACACUGGAAUUGAUCUAAACCAUCCCGAUUUCAGCCAACCGGCAAAACGAAGAACAAAAAUAGGGGUGAAGCUGCAGACCUCAGCAUAUCCAGAAGAGAUACAAAGCAAGAGAAUCAAAGCCUGCAAGAACUUUGCAGAUGGACCUGACGAUGACGUGACUGAUGAAGACGGCCAUGGUACUCAUAUUGCAGGCUUGAUCAUGACCAUUGCUCCGCGUGCUGAACUAUACAUUGCAAAAGUGAGCAGUUCACGGAAACCAGAUGAUAAUGAAGAAAGCCCGAAGAAGAAGCCAAAAAGAGGUGGCAAACAGGCCCAUCCCAUCCGAGAGGCUCUCAGAUGGGCCAUAGAAAACCGGGUAAACAUUAUCAACAUGUCACUUGGCUUUAGUGAACAAGGCUCUCUCGAACUUGUCCAAACUUUAGAUGAAGCAGGCAAUAAAGGAAUCUGUGUCUUCGCAGCAGCUGCAAAUCAUGGAGAUAUUCAUGCCAUAGCCUGGCCGGCGCGUGAUCACCGACUGGCCAACUGCGUGGGAUCAACCGAUGAACAUUAUAAACUUGCCUGGGUCAGCCCUACCGCAAAUGAGAACUUCCUCAUCUUCGGCACCUUUGGUGUGGAUAUAUCUAGUCAUUGGCCAGGCGGAGGAUACCGCAGGAUGAGCGGCACAUCUGUCUCGACACCAAUCGCUGUGGGCAUGGCGGCUAUGAUAAUAGCCUUCCUGAACAAGAAGAAUGACUGGGAUGUAGAGGAUAAAGAGCGAAAUCUUGAUAAGCCAAAGGAGUGGCUAAUAAGAGGUACGGCGGGAAUGGGAAGAGUGCUGACGAGAAUGUGUCGAGAAAGCAACGGCCUCAGGCUUCUGUCACCAAAGCUGAUGUGGGGGAAAGAUUCUAGGCGAAAAGCAUAUCCGAUAACGAUUCUUGGACUUUUGAGUGAAUGGGAAGGCUACGAAUUGACUUAA